AUGUCUAAUAUUAAGCGGACGGGUGUUACGACGGAGGUGGUGGUGCCUAACAAAAAGAUGUCACGGCAUGCUCGUUAUAAUAAAAAACGAAAGCUUGAAAAGGAGAGACAGAACCCAAGAGAAACGAAAUCUGACUUAAUUGCAAUACAAAAUCUGAUUUUAUUAUUGAAACAAGUACCAGUACCUAGCUCAAUUAUACAAAUAGACGAUGUUAUUUUUGAUCCAAACCGGGAUGACCUUACCAAAUUAUUAUCGAACAUAUUACGGCAAAAAUUGUCUUCGUAUAUAUGUGGUCUAACAGACACAGGGUUAUUCACCUCAAUAAUUGUCACCGGACCCAAUAUGCAACUCGUGGCUUAUGUACACAAGAUAAAAUUUUAUACAUCGAACAAGAGUGGAAAAGCACCCCUAUCUGUCCGUCGGAUCGUAUAUCGUCAAAAAAAAGAUAAAACUCGUGAAAAGGUUUUGGUUGAAGAAUUAUUGAUUGAGAUAUUAGUUCGGGAAUUGAGAUUAACAGGUUCUGUCGGGACGCCUGAGAUUCCAUCCGAUUUUCAAGAAUUUUCGUCAUACCUAUAA